CUUCCUUAUUAUCUCAUCUAUCAGUUUCCCCAUUUCAAGCGUGUUGCCCCUUUCUUUCUCUCUCUUCUCGAUUCCAUCUUGCAUCCCUUUCUUCCUUCCUCUGCUCUCUGUUUGAAGGGCUUUAUUUUUCUUCUCAAAACAGUCAAAGAGGCUUCUGAUCAUCGAUGGCCAAAAGCUCCUUCAAGCUAGAGCACCCUCUCGAGAGGAGGCAGGCAGAAGCUGCUCGUAUCAGGGAGAAGUAUCCUGACCGAAUUCCGGUUAUUGUGGAGAAGGCUGAAAGGAGUGACAUACCAGACAUUGACAAGAAGAAGUAUCUGGUUCCUGCUGAUCUGACUGUUGGGCAGUUCGUUUAUGUGGUCCGGAAAAGGAUAAAGCUUAGUGCUGAGAAGGCCAUCUUUAUAUUUGUCAAGAACAUUUUGCCACCUACUGCUGCCAUGAUGUCAGCGAUCUAUGAGGAAAACAAAGACGAGGAUGGUUUCCUUUAUAUGACAUACAGUGGAGAAAAUACAUUUGGAUCUGUUUGAGUGCAGCCAAGUCUGUAAAUAUAACAUUAAUAAGUAUGAAACAUGUAUAUUCUUUUGACUUCUGCUCCUGCAACCCAAAUGUGAGGUUGCUUUUCUUAUAAUGCCUACUGUUAACUAUUGGAUCUAUGUCUUUAUGCCUCUAUUAAGAAAAUUAAGAAAAUAUUGCAUGGUUAUUCCUUGUAAGAGUGCAGAUGAUUAAAUU